AUGGCUACACAUGCACAAUCAUCAACAGUAACAUUACUUAGUAAAGGAACAAGCAACAAUUCUUCAUCAUCAACAUAUUCAACAAGAGAUGUGUUCAAAGUAUUGAAAGAUAAAAAGCAAUAUUUGAAAGACACAUCAAAUGCAUUGAAGGAAAUUAACAUUUUAUUGGAUGCAUUUGAAGUGAGUGGAAAGAAAUCAUCUUUGUUUAAAUCUUACACAUCUGAUAAAUCAACAACAAGAAAUGAAUUGAAUGAAUUGAAAUCUAUUUUGGAAAUUGAAAUUGAAAAUCUUGAACUAUUAUAUCAAACAAGACCAUUACAUGAAAGACAUGAAUCUAAAUCUAAAGAAAACCAAAAGAAUAAACUCAAAGAUAACAAACAGCUCAAAUCUGAAUCCUCGCAGGAACUGGAAACAAAGAUGAAAGAAGAACAAGAGAAGAAACUCAAAUAUCAAAAGAAAUUGAAAGAAGAACAAGAAAAGAAGAAUAAGGAAGAACAAGUAAAGAAAGAACUCGAAUCCAAAAUAAGUGGAUUGAAAGAUUCAACACUAUUAUCUCAAAAACAAUCAGAAAGAUUAGCAACAGAAAUAUUGAAUGGCAUUCCAACACCAAAUGGACUCAAAUUAAUAUUUAAGGCAUCAAGAGAUGGUUUCUCAGCUCAAGCAUUCCAUUCGAAAUGUGAUAACAAAGGUUCAACCGUUGUAAUUGUCAAGGCAAAAACAGGUGCUGUAUUUGGAGGUUAUACAAGUAUUUCAUGGACCUCAACUACUGGAGCAUUCUUUCCAGACAAAUCAGCAUUUCUAUUUAGUUUAGUUUCAGCUGACAAAGUUGAAAGAUUUACAAAAUUGACUCAACAAUAUGGAUAUUACUUCAAGAUUGGAGACAACUCUUCUCAAUACUCAAUUUAUCACAAUCCUCAAUAUGGACCAGCAUUUGGAGCAGGACAUGAUUUACAUAUUGCAGAUAAUUACAAUUAUGCUAAUCUAGGUCACAGCUAUGGUGAUGGAAUAUUGACACCAGGUUCAACCGCACAAUCAUACUUGACAGGAUCACAAUAUUUCCAAAUUGAAGAUUAUGAAGUUUUUUCUCUUCAAUAA